UUCUCAGUUUCGCAGCAGUGGCAGCAGCAGGAACAGCAGCAGCAGCAGGAGAGGCGGUGGAUCAGCCGUGAGAACGACACACUCUGCAGCCAAGAUGAGUGCCGGGGAUGUGGUGUGCACCGGCUGGCUCAUUAAAUCCCCCCCUGAGAAGAAGCUGAAGAGAUUUGCGUGGCGAAAGCGCUGGUUCGUGCUCCGGACGGGGCGCAUGUGCGGCAAUCCAGAUGUGCUUGAAUACUACCAGAGCAAAAACUCCAAAAAGCCCAUCCGCACCAUCGACCUAAAGGAAUGUGAGGUGGAGAUGCUUGACAACCAGCUGCGGGUAAAGCGGGACUUUCAUGGGAAGCACCUCUUUGUGGUGAAAACAUCAUUCCGUGUUUUUUACCUGGUUGCAAACACUGAGGAGGAGAUGAACAGCUGGAUCAGCAGCAUCAGCCAGAUUUGUCGUUUCGGGACCAUGGAGGAGGCAGAGAGCACAGAUGAUGGCUCUUCUCUUACCCCCACCUCCAUUCAGCCAUCGGUGGACAGCGACCGAGCAUCUAUGGCAAGCCAACCAGACUGCAGCUAUCCACCAGACUAUCUCCUUCUCUCACAGUGUGAAACACGGAGUAUAACCACUAGACAAGACAGCUUCUCGAACUCUGACAUCUCUUUAGAGCAGAGGUUAUCAGACGAAGCGGCCAAGGACGCGCACGCCGAGUCCUCCUCAUCCUCUUUUUCUCAUAUGAGCCCCAGUCCUUCCCUUUACUCCAAUGGAAGGAUGGCUCCUUUCAGCGCUCCAUGCAGCUUCCCAGUUUUGCCUUCUUCCUCCUCUUCUCCGCUCCACCACUGUGCAGCAAAUGUCUUCCAGUUUGACAAACCUUUCCCUUCCAGCCCCUUUGAGGCAGCUGGGGACGCCCAAACGCCACCGCCGCUACCGCCCAAACCCAGCCACCUGUCAGAGCUGCUAAAUAACGGAGUAGCUCACAGGUCAAAGACAUUUUAUGCACAGCAUUUACCUGUCAGUGCGCCAGUGUUUUCCAGGAGAACUUCAUUGUCCAGUUUGGAUCAUUUCACUAUGGGUAAUCCUGAAAGAUUAUUGAGGAACAGGAGACAAAGCGUUAAUCUGCCCUGUUUAAACACUGUGCAAGUUCAAAGUAACCAGGAUGAGUCGUACAUCCCCAUGGCGUCCUCUUCCCUCUCUCUAACAUCUGUCGAAUGUGACAGUUACAUCCCAAUGAGUCCCAGGACUUUCAGUUUCCUCGGUGCAAACUGCGGAGCCGAGUCUGCCUCAUCGCUCAGCCCAUUAAAGUGCCAACCUGGAGAAAUCGCACCGCCUCCAAUUCACCGGCACCUCAAGCCUCGCUUACGGAGAGCUCGACCUCCACCUCUUGACCUGCGAGGCCUAUCCACAAUCAGUGAAUUUCCAACUCAUAUUCCUCUAAGCAGCGUGAUGACCGAAACAUGCUUUGCACUGAACCACUUACCUCUGGACAGAAGGCUUGAAAAUGAGGACAGUUCAAGAGACGAAGUGGCAAACUGCUCGGCACUGGAAUCAAGGCAGUCAUUCUGUCUCCCCUUUGAUGGAGCAGCUCAGCCUUGGAAGAGAAGCUCAAACCUUGAUUAUCUGUCACUGGAUUUUAACUCUGCAUCCCCUUCCCCUGUGCAAAAGCAGAAGCCAUUUUUCUCUGAUGAGUACAAAGUGGACUACGUGCAGGUGGACGAGAAGAAGACUCAGGCCCUUCAAAACACCAAAAUGGAGUGGAAGGAUGUCAGACAAUCAAAAACCUGAACGCAACACAUUUGAUGAUGCAGUCUUUGAGAUGAACAUUAUUACCAGAGGAUCAAAAUAUGGAGCGAGUACGACGGACGUGUAUGGGAAGGACGGAGGAAAAAGCACUUUGAAAAAGAGCACUGAAAUUAAAACCACAAAAGCCACUGAAGCCAUGAGAUACUUGUUUUUCUAGAGGAAGCACAGAAUCACACCCUGCAGACCAGAAAUGUAUAUUUUACUUGAUCAUGCAAAUCUCACUGUGAUUUUUUUUCAGCUCAUUGUAGCCUAAGAAUCUACAUUUUGUCAAAAUGAAAAAAAGCUGUAAAUACAUGCAUAAGUGUAAUAUAAAGAUCUAAGUCUACGUGAUGGUCUGAGCGUUGGAGUUUUAUAAAGGGCAUUGAAACAUUUCAGGGUACUCAGGCAGCAUACUUCCCACUCAACAUGUGUAUGUGGGAAUCAUAAGGGUUUUGCACAUACUGAAUGGCGAAAGAGUGGAUAAGUGAAAUCUUUAUGUGGGAGAAACUUGAGAUGAAAAUAUGUUCAAAUUAAACCUUCCAA